AGCUUCAGGCCGCCCUUCAGGGCAGCUGAAGGCUGCCAGCACCGCUCUCACGGCUCCUCGCCAACUCCAAGCCUUCAGCCCCCGGGGCGCCGACCCCUGACGAAGCCGCCCGCUGGCCGGGAGCAGGCCCCGUGCCCGGGGCAGGGCUGGGACAGGACACGGAACCCCUGCCCCCAGCCCCCGGUCCUCAGCCGCGGGUCUCCAGCCCCCGGGGCCGCCCCUGCCCGCGUCCCCCCGCCCCGUGGGCAGGAGGCGGCCCCCACCUGCCGGCCGGCGGGAGGCGAGGCCGGGCCGGGCCGGGCCGUGCCGGGCCGGGAGGGGACGCCCCCGGUGCAGGCCAUGGCCGGCUGCUGCCUGUCGGCCGAGGAGAACGAGUCGCAGCGCAUCAGCGCCGAGAUCGAGCGGCAGCUGCGGCGGGACAAGCGGGACGCCCGCCGGGAGCUGAAGCUGCUGCUGCUGGGUAGCACCUUUUGUGACACCAAGGCCUCUGCAGCAGGAGCUGUCUUUCCUUACUUGGCAGACACAUACAGGUCCCAGCUGUGCACUGGAGAAAGUGGAAAGAGUACUUUCAUUAAACAAAUGAGGAUUAUUCAUGGAUCAGGCUACACAGAAGAAGACAGGAAAGGCUUCACAAAACUGGUUUACCAAAAUAUAUUUACUGCCAUGCAAGCUAUGAUCAGAGCCAUGGACACGCUCAAAAUACAAUACACAUCUGAAGAGAAUGAGGAGAGUGCUCAGAUGAUCAGAGAAGUGGAAGUGGAUAAAGUGACAGUGUUGGAAAUAAAGCAAGUUGAAGCAAUCAAGAAUCUCUGGAAGGACCCAGGAAUUCAAGAGUGUUAUGACCGACGGAGGGAGUACCAGCUCUCAGACUCUGCUAAAUAUUAUUUUACUGACAUCGAUCGUAUCGCUAUGCCCUCAUUUGUGCCAACUCAGCAAGACAUUCUUAGAGUCAGAGUGCCAACUACAGGAAUUAUUGAGUAUCCUUUUGAUUUAGAAAAUAUUAUAUUUAGGAUGGUGGAUGUAGGUGGCCAAAGGUCAGAAAGAAGGAAGUGGAUUCAUUGUUUUGAAAGUGUUACUUCCAUCAUUUUCUUAGUUGCAUUAAGUGAAUACGAUCAAGUCUUGGCAGAAUGUGACAAUGAGAAUCGAAUGGAAGAAAGCAAGGCCUUAUUUAAAACUAUCAUUACAUAUCCCUGGUUUCUGAAUUCUUCAGUGAUUUUAUUUUUAAAUAAAAAAGAUCUUCUAGAAGAGAAAAUCAUGUAUUCUGAUCUAAUUAGUUACUUUCCAGAAUACACGGGACCUAAACAAGAUGUCAAAGCUGCCAGAGACUUCAUUUUGAAGCUGUAUCAGGAUCAGAACCCCGACAAGGAGAAAGUAAUUUACUCCCACUUCACUUGUGCCACAGACACAGAAAAUAUUCGUUUUGUCUUUGCUGCUGUCAAGGACACGAUCCUGCAACUCAACCUGAGGGAGUUCAAUCUGGUUUAAAUUAAAAGCGUGCUUGUAUGAGUGUGAUUUACUCAUAGCACAGCCUGUACUGAUUAAAAAAAAAAAAAAAAAAAAAAAAUGGUGUCUUUUAAAUACCAUUUACAGAAAUGAGAAGAGGGUUUUAUAUUUACUGCAGUAUGGAUUAGGAGAACUUUAAGGACUGAGUUUCAACAUUUACUUCGUAAACUAUACAUUUAAAAAUCUCUUUUCAUAUUUUCCAUACUAGCUCUGCCUGUGAGUUAAUUUGUGACAGCUGUGGGAAUUAAGAACAUUUAAAAGAAUGUUUGUAACUACAUUGCUGCCCAAGUGGUAUUUUCCUAAAAUUUUUUCUUUAAACUUACCAUUUUCAAUCAUAUACAAAACUUCAAAUCAGUGAUGCCUUCAGUGAUGCCUUAAAGAUGACAAGUUGGUGUUGUUUUAAAGUGCUAGAUAUUUUUUAAUUCUUGUUCUGAACGCAACAUGGUCAAAAUACUGGGUUAAAUGUGUUACACUUUUUAGAAGCAUGUUUUGGUAGCAUUAAUAUGCCAAACCCAUGGCAUGUUCUAGGAAGCAUUACAAAAGAUUAAUUAUUGUGGAUUUUUUCAUAUUGUGGAUUUUUCCUUUUACUGCAUUUCUGUUCAAAUGCUCAACAAUAAUAGUAUACCAUUCACAGUUAAAGAAUGACAGACUUGGAUCUUGCAGGUAAGCCAUGGAGUUUGCUCUUUUCUUAUGAGAAAAAGUUUUUCUUAAGCAGCAAGACAUUUAGUAAAUGUUCUCAGGAUUCACUGCCACAGGAACUGGAAGGUUAUCCACACAGCUGCCUGUGGAUAAUCUAGUCCUUAAGUUCCUCCAAGUCAGUAAAGUAACUUGCAUUAUUAACUUGCUUUUUACACUUUUCAUUUUCCCAUUAUUGAGUUUCACAGGUAGUUUUGCAUGGAUUAGAAACCAGUAAAACCUCUCCUCCAAAAGACUUCCAGCCAUUACAUGAUCUCUGCACUGUCCAUCUACAAACUUCUCCAGUAAUGAUGCCAGGAUCACUAAUACUCAAUCAAUUCUUAUUCAUCUGAUUAAAAAUUCUCAGACCAGCAGUGUCUGAAGACGUUAGGCAGACCAACCCCAGCAAUUUUGAAAACCCUUUUUACCCAUUGCAAAACCUCAUGGUAGUAAUUGGCAUUUAAUUAACUAGUAACACCAAUAAAGGGAUUGUUUUAGUUAAACUGCUGGUUACUAGCAUUAAUUCAGCUCCAAAGACAUGCCAAGGUUCUCUUGUAUAUAAAUGAAUGACAAUACCAUUUUUCCAAGCAGUAUUAUAGCAACGGUUCUUAAUAUCAACAUGAAAUAGUGAUUUCCAUACAUCACAGAAAGAUUAAAAAUUAUUUGAUUUGCAACAUAACAUAUCUGUGUAUUGAGCUGGAUUAAUAGCCCUCACAGAUCACUCCUGUGAAAAGCACACCCUGACCUUUCACUGUCCAUAAAAGAUGUUUACUGAUUCACAAAUUCAACAGCACAGGUACCUUUUGCCUAACAGUACAGAUAAAGUAUGUCCAGAGCUCUUUUUGGUUCUUAAUGAGAAAACAGCCUGUAACAUUUAAUUCAUUUGUUCUUUAUUUAGUGUUGGAACAAGCUGCAGAAGACUGUUCUUAACAAUGUUUUACAGUUUUGCCCAUACUGCUAUAUGGCAAUAAUCAGCACUGAGGGAACAGUGCAGAAAUGAGGUGCUGCAGGAUACAGUACUACUAGUCAAACUAGAAAAGACCAAGGAGGAGCAACAGAAAGUCCAGCAUACAGCAGCAAGACUCUGCACUUAUCUUCUGCAUUCCCAACAGGUUAUCCCUACCCUCUCCCAAAAAUAUUAACAUUACAAUUCUUCCAAUGGUAAUUUCCAAUUUCAAUUCUCUGCUAAACACUCUUGCUCAAAGAAAACAAAACAAAACAACAAAAAGUUACUUCAGAACUUCCAAAUACAUAGAAACAGAAAUAUGAACUUUUUCUAGGGAAGCAGAGUUGAUGAAGGAAAGCAUAAAGUACCCAAGUGCUUGAACUUCUUGAUCCAAUUUUGAGCUCUGUAGGAACUCCUGGGAAAACAUCUACUUGAACUCUCAGCACUUUCAUAUCUGAGUAAAGAUUUUCUGGCUAUUUGAAGAGUACCUUCAUGCCAGGAAUCUGGGAGUCAGGCUUUUCUGGAGAACAAGCACUGCAGAUGGUGAGACAGUUACCAUUCUACAGGACCCAUAUAAGCUUUUCUGUAAUACCUCACAAUCAACACUUUAAAACAUUUGUAAAGUCACUUUCCAAGACACGCUUCUGCACGUAAUUCUCUACGUGUUUGAUACGCAAAGUGAAAAUCCAUAAAGAUUAAAAAAAAAAAAGAGAUCCAACAAAAUGAAAAUUGAGUUGUUCUCACUUUUUGCCUAUUAGUGUCCUAGUUUGCCAUACUUAUUCCAGUAGUCACAUUUGCUUCAACUAUUGAUAUAUUGCUCAGGGGAUGAUGAGUUAACAAGAAUGAAUGACAAUGGACAUUCUUUUACUCCUUGUAGGAGAAGACUUAACAGGGAAUUCACUGCUCCUUUAAAGUAUUACAGGAAUAUUUUGAAUUAUUGUUCCAGAUUUGCCCUGGAAAAAAUAAAAACCUCUUUAUAAAAAUCCUGUGUCUGCUCUAAAUGGAAAUUUAGAUACUCACAUCCUACCCACUGUCACAUAAGCAAAAAUCGUGGCUCUAGAUGAUGAGCUCCUAGAUGAUGCAUAUAUAUACUGACCAUAAAAUUCUUAAGUAAGACACUGGUAAUAACAGUCAAAUCUUAAAUGGGCAAUAAAUUUAUAGGCAGGAAAACCUAAGCAUAAGACAUUCAAGAAUAGCAUCAACAAAAUAUGUUGAUUUGCAUUUCAAGAUAAGAUGAUGAUUAAUGCAAGUUUUCUGAAUGAAAAGUAUUCUUUGAAAAAUUUUGACAUGCUUCACAAGACAAGCAUAAUACACAUAAAAAUCAAGUCAGAAACAGACUUUGCAUUGCAUCAGAAAAAAUCGCAAAUACAUGGUGCAUAUUAGCAGUAUUUUUCACCAACAGUUCCUACAUGUAAUAAACAGGUUUUUCUAAAAUGCAUGGACCCAAUGCUUUAAGUAAAAGUAAAAAACAAAAACAAACAAACAAACAAAAAACCCACAAGCUUUUCCACUGUUUUGAACUAAUUUCAGAAAUAAUACGCACACUACAGUAAGAUGGACAGCUCCAUCACCCUGGCUGUUUUUAGUAACUUUAAACUAAAAGCUUUUUAGUAAAAUCAAACCUUAAACCCAUCCUCUGUAGUUUUAGAUUAACUGAUCAACAUUAAAAGGGUAAUUAAUUGUUAGAGACUUGACACACACAUAUCCUUAGCUCCUGAGAGGUGAAUGUUUCAUUGAUACUGGACACAAUGAUACUCCUUCAGUUUUUGCUGCACUUUCAGUAAGGAUUAGUCACUACAGAAUCAACAGAGCAGGAUCAUAGAAUGGUCUGGGUUGAAAAGGACCUUAAACAUCACCUCAUUCCAACUCACUGUCAGGUGGCAGGGACACCUCCCACCAGACCAGGUUGCCCAAAGCCCCAUCCAGCCUGGCCUUGAACACUUCCGAGGAUGGGGUAUCCACAGCUUCUCUGGGCAACUGAUGCCAGGGCCUCACCACUCUCUGAGUAAAGAAUUUCCUCCUCAUAUCUAAUCUAAAUCUAACCUCUUUUAGUAUAAAGCCAUUCCCCCUUGUCCUGUCACUAUACUCCCUGACAGAGUCCCUCACCUGCUUUCCCUUAGGCUUCCUUUACAUAUUGGAAGGAUGCUGUAAGGUCUCCCCAGAGCCUUCUUUUCUCCAGGCUGAACAAUCCCAGCUCCCUCAGCCUGUUUUUACAACAAAGAUACUCCAGCCCUCUGAUCAUCCUCAUGGAUCUCCUCAUGUCUUAACAGCUUCAUGUCCUCACACAGUCUUAACAGGUUCAUGUCCUCCUUGUGUUGGGGGCCCCAUAGCUGAAUGCAGUGCUCCAGGUGGGGUCUCAUUAGAGCAGAGCAGAGGGAAAUAAUCACCUCCAUUGACCUGCUGGCUACGCUUCCUUUGAUGCAGCCUAGGAUAUGGCUGGCUUUCUGGGCUGCAAGUGCUCAUUGUUGGAUCAUGUUGAUCUUCUCAUCAACCAACAUCCCCAGUCUCCAGGGCUGCUCUCAAUCAAUUCUCUGCCCAGCCUGUAUUUGUGCUGGGGAUUGCCCCAGCCCAGAUGCAGACCUUGCGCUUGGCCUUAUUGAAUCUCAUGAGGUUCACAUAGGCCCACCUCUUAAGCCUGUCCAGGUCUCUUCCCUCCAGCGCAUCAACCGCACCACUCAGCUUGGUGUCAUUGGCAAACUUGCUGAGGGUGCACUGGAUCUCACUGUUCAUGUCACCAACAAAGAUGUUAAACAACUCUGGUCUCAAUACCAACCCCUGAGGAACACCACUCAUCCCUGGUCUCCACGUGGAUAUCAAGCUGUUGACCACAACUCUUUGAGUAUAACCACCCAGCCACUUCCUUACCCACCAAGUGUUCCAUCCAUCAAAUACUUGUGUCCCCAAUUUAGAGACAAGGAUGUCAUGAGGGACAGUGCCAAAUGCUUUGUACAAGUCCAGGUAGAUGUCAGUUGCUCUUCCCCUCUGCACCAAUGCUGUAACCCUAUUGUAGAAGGAAGACUUUAAUCUUAGGAAAAAAAAAAAAAAAAAAGUAUGGUAGAAUUGUAUGACCUGCUGAAGAAAUGCUGCAGACUCUUGCCUCGUACAAUACUUACAUGGCUCCAAGCAAUGCAAUCUUUAGAUUGUUCUUUUCUGGAAUUCAGAUGUGAAAAGCUCAAGAAGGGUAAGAAAAAUCUGAAUAGCUUCCAGAAUAAUCUAAUUCUUGAGGCUAAUACAAGAUCAGGAAAUACAUACAAAUCAGACAUAAUAUAAAUUUAAACAUAGUAUGGAAAUAUUUACAAACAAGCCACAAGACUGAACAAUCCUAUUAAAGUAUGGGACAUUUAUUGAAACUGUUUUACAUCAGCAGAAUAAUUAGAAAACUGAGGGUUUGAACUUGAUAUUCAGGACUGUGCUGUGUUAAAUUUUAACUACCAUUACAUAGCAGUAGUAUUCUUGUGUUGACUAGUUUAUGGUAUUUAAUGUUAUUUGAGGAUAUAUUUACUAAAAUAACUCAAAAGGAACAAAAUAUUUUAGUGAUUUUUGAUAUGUGAGUGUAUUUUUUGAAAUGGUACAGAUAAGAAAUAGUUAAUGGCAUGUGAACAUAAUUUUUUGGAAAAAAAAAAAAGAUGAUUUCAUAAGAAGCUGGUGAUUUGGCAAUGCCACCUAUGUUUUUUCAAUGUAUCAAGAUAAAAAGAUUACACCAGAGGGAAAUGAUAUACAUAUAAAUCUAGUAAAUAAAACUGUCCUUACAAAGGUAAAGACUAAUGUCUGUAUUGCUGCAACAGAAGCUUGACCCCGUGUUCUCAGAGACGGGAUUUGACUUCAUUUGUCAAUUUCUACUCACCAAAUUUUGAAUAAGUGUCGCUUGUAAAUAAAUGAAAAACAAAAACACACAACCAUUAAUGCAACAUAUAUGGAAAAAAAACAAUAAUCAAAUUCCAGUCAAAUAAAGUUCAGUUUUACUUUAUUGUCAGUGGGGAGGAGACUCUGCGGUGGGCUGGGGGGGAAGCAGGGCAGAGGGUGGAAAUGAAAGAGCCAUGCCAUGCAAAGCCAUGCAGAAAAGAAGGAAAAAAAAAAAAAAAAA